UGGUUCUCACGUCCUUCCAUCAACUCUUGGCCCCGCCCACAUCUCUCUUGACAGCGAACAUAAAAAGGACAUGUAGCUCAGCCAUUUACGACUCCAGAUAUCCAGCUAAUUAUCUCGGCUGCCAGGCUUUUGUUUGUAUUUACCCCACAAAUCAUAGGCAUUUAUUCACUUAUUCGCAACAUAAGUCAUAUAUGUAGCUAAUUAACCACUCAAUGGCGUUUAAUCAACGCGACGAUGAUGUCGUCGACGGAGAAGACGAAACGCCCUCGAAGCUGCCGCGGUGCAACAAGGAGAUGCCCGGUUACUUCAGCAACGAGCCCCAAAAUGAGGCUGCUGCGUCCGCCGGGAGAGCCACAUCCGAGCGGCGGACGUCCAACUCGACCCCGUGUCAUCGGAGAGACUCGUUUAAGAAGACAAGGCCGCCAUUUCCUUGGUUUGGGAUGGACAUUGGAGGCACCCUGGUGAAACUCGUGUAUUUUGAGCCCAAAGACAUCACUGCAGAAGAAGAGCAGGAGGAGGUGGAGAACCUGAGGAGCAUCCGGCACUACCUGACCUCCAACACUGCCUAUGGCACCACCGGCAUCAGGGACGUGCACCUGGAGAUGAAGGACCUGACGCUGUGCGGCAGGACGGGGAACCUGCACUUCAUCCGCUUCCCCACUCAUGACCUGCCCGUCUUCAUGCAGAUGGGCCGCAACAAGCACUUCUCCAGCCUCCACACCACGCUCUGUGCCACGGGAGGGGGCGCCUACAAAUUCGAGUCUGAUUUCCGUACGAUGGCCGACCUGGAGCUCCACAAGCUGGACGAGCUGGACUGUUUGGUUCGGGGGGUGCUGUACAUCGACUCGGUGCUCACCAGCGGCCCCUCGGAGUGCUACUACUUUGAAAACCCCAGAGACCUGGAUCACUGCGCUCAGAAGCCCUACACACUGGAGAACCACUAUCCUCUGCUGCUGGUCAACAUCGGCUCCGGAGUCAGCAUCCUGGCCGUCUACUCCGAGAACAACUACAAGCGGGUCACCGGGACCAGCCUUGGGGGCGGGACCUUCCUCGGCCUGUGCUGCCUUCUCACUGGCUGCUCGACUUUCGAGGAAGCCCUAGAAAUGGCUUCUCAGGGGGAGAGCACCCACGUGGACAAGCUGGUCAGGGACAUCUACGGAGGAGACUAUGAGAGGUUUGGACUGCCGGGCUGGACUGUGGCCUCAAGUUUUGGCAGCAUGAUGUUCAAAGAGAAAAGGGAGUCUGUGUCUAAGGAGGACCUGGCUCGGGCAACGCUGGUCACAAUCACCAAUAACAUCGGCUCCAUUACCAGAAUGUGCGCUCUCAACGAGAACAUUGAGAAAGUGGUGUUUGUUGGGAACUUUCUAAGAGUGAACAUCCUCUCUAUGAAGCUGCUGGCAUACGCCAUGGACUACUGGUCCGACGGCCAGCUCAAGGCUCUCUUCCUUCGCCAUGAGGGUUACUUUGGCGCUGUCGGAGCCUUGCUGGGACUUCUGCAUCCAUCCUGAUCCUUCGACGAAGGAAGAAAAAAAAAAAAAAAGUCAAUCUGCUGCAGCAAUCAGAAGCACUUUAGAUUGUUGGAAUCAGUUUUUUCUUAAAAGCAGCGUUACCUGCUUCACCUACCGGUACAUUCUUGCAUGUGGGCCGGCACACGUUUUAAGUUCUUGUAGGCCGGUAGGAUGUUGAAGGUUUUCUGAACACUCCGUGGCUCAAGUUGGACGCAGAAAAGCUGGCACGUUUAGUAUUUUUCGCACCUUUUUGUCGUAUUUGGCUAUUUCAAGGAAAUCCAGCAGUGUUGCCUGAAGUAAUUUAAUUAGAAGUACCUGUUGGUAGGUAGUUUUGUCUGAAUGGCGCUCGCUACCCAUCUGUGGGGAACCGGUUCUGGGCCAAAAUACUCCAGGCUGUACACAAAGGUACCAAAAUGAAUGAUAAAUGCUACUUUGCCCCUUUUAGAAUCUCUUUUUGUUACAUUAUCACAUUUAUGUAACAAUAAUGUUCUUAAUUGGUUUUUCCAAAGAGAUGAUGAACAGAAAGCCUUGAUAGAAAGUUACUUAUGCCAGUUAAAGAGGUAAUUCAAGCUGUAUUUAUCACAGGUAAUUAGAGGAAAUGGGACGUCACUUGAACUCUUGUCUACGUGAUUAAAGUGAAACACUAUUAUUAACAUCCACUUCCUGUCUUGCAUAAUGAGAUUUUUCGAAGUAGUUCAACUAAUUUGAGGGUUUUAAUAAAAGGGCAACCAACGUUUUAUACAGUGCUGGAUACAAAAUGUGUUUUAUUCAUAAAUUAAGCCCUUAUAUAUCACUAAUGUAAUAUUGUACACUUUUUUUUUGGCUAUGAAUGAUGGAGCCCACUUGCUCUACAAAUGCACCUACUGUCAUCUGCGUUACUCAAGUGCCUUCAGGCCAGUGCAUGUCUGUGAGGAGAAAUUGGUGCACAUUGAGAAAUGUUGCACAGAAACUACAGGUCCAAAAAGCACAUCAUCUCAAUAUUCUGAGUUCAAAAUAUUGUUUCUUUGUUUUGUUUGUUUUUUAUGGUGAAACUCAGCGCUUCCCUCCAGUGGAGGUAUACAGUGUGUUCUCCACACCUGUUCCUGUUCUGUGU